AUGCGUGUAUGGGCGGUCGCGCAAGUCUGCUUGUCCUACGAGAAUCGUGCGACAUGGACGACCGAGAGUAGUGAUAACCAUACCCCUAUGGGGUUUGGACAGCCUAGUGAGCCCCAAAUCACCAACGAACCUGCGCAGCUUGCUUUCCCGGACAUGGCGACCGACAUCCUACCAAUGCCUUCAGACAUGCACACGACGAUGAACAUGGAUGCGCAGAACCGGGCAGGCUCGGCUCUUCUCAUGCCGCUGUCCUUCGAUGAGUGGCCUCAGCUCGACAUAUUCGGUACAGGUCUAGAAAUUCCUUGUGUUCCGAAGGCUUCUGCCCCAGACGUUCGGCUCUCGGCUUCUGUCUUUCCACCACCCGUCAGCUUCAACACCACGUCGACAAGCUCCAACAGUCACAAGUCGCACAGUUGCCCACGGGAGUCGUACGAGAUCCUAGCAGACUUGAUCUGUCCCGGUCCUUCUCUUCACGCGCCAGCAGCAAAUGCGGAUACUGUCUCGGCGCAAUUGGACCACGUGCUGCAUUUCAACCGAAAUGCCAUUGACCGUCUUAGCCGGCUUCUCAAAUGCCCCUGUGCCGUAUCCGGGCAUCGUGUCAUGGUCCAUGCUUCCAUCAUUUCCCGCAUACUGAUUUGGUAUCAGCAGGCGGCCGGGUGGACCAGCGACAGCUCGUGGGGCUCUUGGACCUCAGCAUCGACUGAUCCAUCGACAUGUCGCAAUAUUUCUCCGUCCUCGCCUUUGCCAGCGAUGGCGGCCGGAUCAGGAGCGACGAGCCUACUGACGCUUACCCAAUCUACUGGGUUCGCUGUCGCACAGGUGCCUGUUUCAGUGGGGAGCUUCAGCGUCGAGGACCAGAAUUUGCAGGCCGCCUUCAGGGACCAAUUGGUCUUGAACGAACUUAAGAAGGCAGCAAAGCUGAUCGACCUCUUUACUUCCCAGGACUCCGCGGAUGCUUGUGUUAGUGGCGUGGCUAGCUUGUGCUCGUAUCUAGGGGCGUGGCUCCGAAGUGAGCAUUCGAAGAUGGUUCGAGUCUUGAGGCCGAGGCUUGGGAGCGCGCUGGCGGAGGACCUUGGUUCUUGA